CGCGAAUUGCCCUGGUCACCUCACGAGCACUCUCAUUUGGUGCCUGUUGCCACGCCUUACCAACUCAAGUGGGGCAACAGUCGGAGAGUGAUGUUCCGACAAAUUUCAUUCUUGUCAAUAGUCAUGCCUGUUAUGGCUCUUGCAGGCGGCGACACCUUCUUCACAGGCGACGGCACGUCGUACACGCUCGGACAGGUAUCCGCCGGCAAUUGCAACUUCAUGUACGACCCCGGCGUCGGUGGCAACUACGCCGCACUGAACAACGAGCAGUGGGAAUCGACCCACAACUGUGGCCGAUGUGCCGAGGUCUCCUGUGACGACCCCAGAUGCAGCGACACGACCAGCACACAGAUCGUCUACAUCGUCGACAGGUGUCCGGAAUGCAAGCAAGGUGACCUGGAUCUGUCCCCGACCGUGUUCAAAGCACUCACCGGCAGUGACCCGUCCCGCUACACCAUCAAAUGGAAGUUCGUCGAUUGUCCCGUAAGUGGCAACGUCCAAUACUGCACCAAAAGUGGCAGUAGCAGCUCGUGGCUAGCCAUUCAGCCCGCAAAUUUUGCCAAUGGUGUGGCCAGCAUGAAAAUUGCCAACCAGGAUGUGACGAUGGUGGACUCGUGCUUUUAUUACCUUCUGAACGGCGGAUCGAACGUCGACAUGUCGGCGGUGAGCGUUGAGCUCACCUCCGUCUCGGGUGAGACCAUCACUCAGACGCUGUCGCUGAUAGCCGACAACUGCACGGAGGGCACUGCGUCUCAGUCUCAGACUCAGCAGAGCGAGGUGAGCAACUACUUUAACACGUUGACAAAUAACUCGGCCUCCACGACCUACAAGGCCGGAAAGGUGACGGCAGCCGACGACUCAGGCAGCGGCGUGUCUAUUCUACAGUCCAGUGAGGCCGGCGUCGAAAAGACGCCCAGCACCCAGCAACAGGACGACACUGACGACACAAAGCAGACUGCCGGUUCCGACACCAAGCAGGCAAACACCAAGUCUGCGGCGGACUCGUCAGGCACGAGUCCAGUUGUUGUGGCACUCAUCGUGCUGGCAGUUGUCGGCGGUAUCGCCCUGGCCGCCAUCGCAUACGUCGUUAAGAAGAAAAAACUGGACGACAAGCGAAUCGACCGCGAUGAAGCCAUGAUUCGAUCCUUCGACACGUUCAGCUCUCCGAUCGAAAUUAACGCGACCAACAUUGCCAAGAUUUAG